CUGAAAUGGUUCGUCGACCCCUCCCAACACCCAAAUCGCCACUGCCAACUGCGCCCACCAAUGCAUACCCCGCUCAUCAUGGGCCCUUCUGCAACACACUCGCACAAUGUUCAGCUCUGCCACCGUCGGAGGAUUACGACUUGCAGAGCACGACCCCGCACGAUAUCCAGCCUUCACACCAUCUGGACAGGGAUUGGAAUCGGGGAGUCGGGGUCUACCCUCGUAUUUAUGAAGAACCCAAGCCCCCCCCAGUGACUUGCUAGAUAUCCACCACCCAUGACAAGUGCAGCGACGGAAACCUGCCGUCAUGUUCGUUCUCCUGCAAGUUGUUGUCGCUCUUGUCGGCCUAUACCUCAUAAAGACUUUCCUCACUCGUAAACAAUUUCCGGCGCCGCUGCCCCCAGGCCCGAAAGCCAAGCCGAUCAUUGGGAAUCUGUGGGACCUGCCGUCGCAAACAGGGCGAGACUGGCUGCAUUGGUACAAAUAUAGGGAUACCUAUGGCCCCAUCAGCUCAGUAAACGUUUUUGGGGAGACCCUCAUUAUUGUAAAUGAUGCUCAGAUUGCAGUUGAGCUGCUGGAAAAACGGUCUGCAAAUUACUCCGAGCGUCCCACGGGUCACUUCUCCCAACUGGCCGGGUUCCAUCAAAUCGUGACCACGUUACAAUAUAGCGACCCACGUCUUCGGGCCCAGCGGAAACUUUUUCAGAAACAGUUCGGAUCGAAUAAUUCUGUGGCGAUGUACAAUAGUACCCAGGAGGCUGAGGCGGCUCGCUUCUUGCUUCGGGUGCUGGAUACGCCGGAGGAUGUGCAAGAUCAUAUACGGAAGCAGGCUGGAGCUAUGAUACUGAAGAUGACAUAUGGGUACAACGUUGCGCCACGUGGGAAGGACCCAUUAGUAGAGCUUGUGAGUCGAUGCAUGCAACAAUUUGCUGCAUCCCUCAUGCCGGGAGCCUGGAUCGUGGACUUCAUCCCCUUCUUGAAACACACCCCAACCUGGAUCCCAGGCAUCAGUUUCCCACGCGUGGCGAAAGCCUUCCGAGAAGACAAUCGCAACUGGAGCGAACGGCCAUACGCGUUCGUCAAGCAACAGAUGGCAAAUGGCACACAUGAGCCAUCAUUUGUGUCGGGGCUCGUUGAAAAAGAAGGCUUCCCAGAGCCAGGGUCAGACAAGGACGAUUUGUUCAAGUGGACUGCGUUGGCGAUCUACGGCGCAGCAUCCGAUACAACGAUCGCCACCACAUACUCCGUGUUCAUUGCAAUGGCCGUCUUCCCCGAAGUACAGCGCAAAGCACACGAAGAGAUCGACCGAGUAAUAGGCACGGGUCGAAUCCCUGGAUACGCCGACCGCGAGAACCUACCAUACAUCAACGCGAUGGUCAAAGAAGCCUUCAGAUGGCAUACCGUGAUCCCCAUGGGCGUCGCCCAUAAUGCGAAAGAGGAUGACAUGUUCGAGGGAUAUUUCAUUCCCAAGGGAGCUCAGGUUCUGGCUAACCUCUGGGCCUUCACCCACGACCCAACCAUCUACUCCGACCCGAUGACCUUCAAGCCCGAACGCUUCCUCGAAUCAGAUACCCACACCCCAGAGCGUGACCCUCACUUCCUCUCAUUCGGCUUUGGCCGUCGUGUCUGCGCUGGUCGAACCCUCGCCGACGCAAACGUCUACCUAAGCAUCGUGCAGUCCCUGGCCGCACUGCAGAUCAGCAAGCCGAUCAAGGACGGCAAGGAAGUCGACAUCCAGCCGGACUUUCUGCCCGGGGUGAUUAGCCAUGUCGGCCGCGUUGAUCUGGAUAUCAAGCCGAGGAGCAAGCAGCAUGAGGAGCUUAUUCGGGCGCUGGGGUCGAAGUAUCCGUUUGAGAAAGAUCACGCGGAGGAGAUUAAUCGGGUGAAGUUUUAGAGUUGAAGGUUUACAUGUUUCUUAGGUAUUGCUCCUUGAAGAAGACGUCAUAGGAAGGAAAGGCAUUCGGAUCGGUAAACAGACGGGCAGACAGACAAACGGACAGACAUACAGAAGGGGUACGUACCAUGGUAAAGCAUCACCGUGACCACGACCAUGACUCAAACUGCCACUUCAUACCUAUGUAAAAAGCGCAAGAAAUUACCUAAUUUGGAAGGUAGAGAAUCCGAGUCACCUCUCUCCCACCCUCUGCCUCAUCCACCUACUCCCAC